UCAUACAAGACAAACAUUACUACAUCAGUGUCUGUAUAUACUUUGGAACAUGUUGGAGUAGGUUGUGUUCAUAUUAUGAAAUAACAACUUUGAGUUUGACAUUCCAUUUUAUAUAGCACUAACUAACACCUGUUCAUAUAAUAUGCCAAUGUCAGAGAAACCAGUGAAAUACUAUGUGGUGGAUGCUUUUACUGAGUUGGCGUUCAAGGGGAACCCUGCAGCAGUGUGUUUGUUAGAUCAAGAGAAGGAUGAUGAAUGGUUGCAAGUAUUAGCAGCUGAGUUCAACAUCAAUGUUACCUGCUAUUUGAUUCCUGUCAAGGGAACUACUAAUCCCCGUUUUCGUCUUAGAUGGUUUACUCCCAUUGUUGAGGUUAAUAUUUGUGCCCAUGCCACAUUAGCAGCUUCUCAUGCACUCUUUGCAUCUGGUUUAGUGGACAACAAUGUUACUAUUGAAUUUGUGACACUAUCUGGAAUGUUAACUGCCAAAAAGAUCUCAGCGAUCAAUGGCACUAGUGAUAAGAAGAAUUUGCAAAAUGGUAAAGCCAAGGAUGUAUCUUAUAUUGAAUUGGAUUUUCCUGCUGACCCUAUCACAGAGUUCAAAUUCGACGACACUUGGCUCAUUUCUCAAGCAUUGGAUGGAGCUUCCAUAAUUGAUAUAAAGAGGACACAAAUUCAAGAUGACUUACUUGUUGUUGUCACAUCUGGAAAGAAUGUCAUAGAAGUGCAACCACAAUUUGAUGCAAUUGUAAAAUCUCCUGGAAGGGGGAUAAUUGUUACAGGGAUCGCUCCUCCAGAGUCGGGAUUUGAUUUCUACAGUCGAUUUUUCUGCCCAAAAUUUGGAGUAAAUGAGGAUCCAGUUUGUGGGAGUGCACAUUGUGGAUUGGCAUCCUAUUGGAGCAAGAAACUAGGAAAGUGUGAUUUAAAGGCUUAUCAGGCAUCAGCUAGAGGGGGAAUUCUCAAUAUUCAUAUUGAUGAACAAAAACAAAGAGUGUUUUUGCGUGGGAAGGCUGUUACAGUGAUGGAAGGGUGUGUUUUGGUCUAGUCCUAUUUACGCGGAUAAUUAAUGAAUUCUCUCAUUUUAGGAGAUACACGACGCCCCACGUUUGGCUUGAUUUUUCAGUUUACUAGCAUUUUUUAUUUUUUCUAUCGUGCACACCUCA